GCUAAAUGACGGUAUGACGUAUAAAGAGGUUUGUCAUAAGCUCGUCGAAAAAGUGUCAAAAAAAAGAGAAAAAAAAAACAAAAAAAGAGCUCACCGAAGUUUAGGCAUAUGGCAGAGCGUACCAAUGCACAAAAGCGUUGGAAACUGCUAGCACGGGCGGUUAGUCACUUAUUCAAGCCACACGAAAGAGAACUGUUGGAUGAGAAUAAUGGUAUCUCUAUUCAGAGCUUCACUUCUUUUAAAUUAUUACAACUGGAGAGUAUCUGCCUGAAGAGUGAGUCUACAAGUAGAUCUUGGUGGCUGUACAGCUGCUUUGUGUGUAAUAAGCACUGCGAAAUACUUGUCAGCCAUGUCACAAAACUCUUCGCACCCAGUGAGCUUGUGGGCUUUAACAAUACUGGCAACAUCUGUGUCUGGCCGUCUGAAGAGUGUCUUGCUUACUAUCUUCUUAAGAGACCGGAAAUUUGCCGGGGUCGCAAAGUGCUGGAGCUUGGGGGUGGCAUGAGCUGCCUAGCGGGUGUACUAGCAGCCAAGUACUGUGGUCCAAGUUCAGUUAUGCUAACUGAUGGUAACGGGACAAGCGUAGACAACAUCAGAUGUAUCAUUGAAAGAAAUGGCAUGACCGAUCUCGUCAAAUGUUGCAUCAUUCGAUGGUCCAAGACCCCCAAGACAUUACUAUGGAACAACAAUUUCAGCAAUAAAAAUUGCUUGAAUCAGGAGGAGUCAUACGAAGUAAUUAUCUGCGCAGAUUGUCUGUUUUUCGAUGAUGUCAGACUUGACCUUGUUGACACGAUUUAUGGCUAUUUGACUGACGAUGGAGUCGCCCUAGUAAUGGCACCAUAUCGAGGUGAAACUUUCCACCACUUCAUCAAAGCAGCAAUACAACGUGGCUUUGUUGCUCAUCAGAUAAAGCGAUAUGAUAGUGAAAUUUGGUCUCGGCAUAUUAAACUUCUCAAAACAAAUCGUGACUACUGCCCUGAUCUUCACUUUCCCUUACUACUUAAAAUGUCUAAGCAAAAAAAUUAACUAGUCUAGUUUUCGGUUUUUAAAGCUGUACGAUUAGGAAAAUCUGUAAUUAUGAGCAAAAAAUUAUGUAAAUAUACUUAGAUAUUUAGCUUUAA